CACACACACACACACACACACACACCCCGUAACACCCGGCGGCAGCAGCAGCUCUGCAGUUGGAGCCGGAUCAUGUCACGUGACUGAUGCAGGAAGCGUCGUUUGAAGGUGCGGAGGGUCGUUCAUGACACGGACAGGAGUAUUGACGGUUGAGACCAGAGCAUGUCUGUGACUGUGCUCCUGCUUCUGGUCACUCUGUGUGUCCAGGGAGGAUAUGGAGAAGAGAGAGAGGAGGUGCAGAGACCCGGCCACGUUUCAGUGGUGAUAGUUGGAGGCACGGGCGACCUGGCGAAGAAGUACCUGUGGCAGGGCUUCUUCCAGCUGUACAUCAACCAGGUCAGCAGCGGGAACACCUUUUCCUUCUAUGGUGGAGGGCUGUCGCCCGCUGACAAGGCCACACCACUUCUCUUUGAGAUCCUGAAGGCGGUGUCAUGCUCAAAGGACGUAUCUCAGGAGCGCUGUGCUCUCCUGAAAGACCAGUUCCUUCGACUGUCGCAGUACCGGCAGCUGAAAACCCUGGAGGACUACCAGGAUCUGGCCGAGCACAUUAAGAAACAGCUCCAGCAAGAGGGAAUGACAGAGGCAGGGAGGCUCUUCUACCUCUCGGUUCCAGCUUUUGCGUAUGCAGACAUUGCAGAUAAAAUCAAUAACAGCUGCAGGCCGGCCAGCGGGGCGUGGCUGAGGGUGGUGCUGGAGAAACCUUUCGGGCACGACUUUAGGAGUGCCCAGGUGCUGGCAUCUCAGCUCGGGAGCUCCUUGAAGGAUGAAGAAAUGUACAGAAUUGACCAUUACCUGGGGAAGCAGGUGGUCACAAAGAUACUGCCCUUCAGAAUAGAGAACAAGAGGUUUCUGGAUCCAAUCUGGAACAAGCAACACAUUGAGAGAGUGGAGAUUGUAUUGAAAGAGACACUGGAUGUUAAAGGUCGUAUUCCCUUCUAUGACCAGUAUGGGGUGAUCAGAGAUGUGCUGCAGAACCACCUGACUGAGGUCAUGACCUUGCUGACCAUGAGGCUUCCCGUGAACCUGAGCAGCAGCGAGGAAGUUCUCCAAAACAAGCUGCACAUCUUCAGUUCCCUGCUGCCCUUAGAGAAGAACCAAGCCGUGAUCGGUCAGUACCAGUCGUACAAGUCCGAGGUCCAGCAGGAGCUGAAUAAGACAAAAGACCACGUCAGUCUCACACCAACAUUUGCAGCUGUACUGGCACACAUCGACCAGGCCCAGUAUGAAGACGUUCCGAUUCUUCUGAUCUCAGGGAAGAUGUUAGAUGAACGGGUGGGAUACGCACGCAUACUUUUCAAGAAUGACAUCUUUUGUCUCCAGAACCACAACAGCAUUCACUGCAAGCCCAAGCAGAUAGUUUUCUACUUUGGACACGGCAGCCUUCAAUACCCAGCGAUCCUUGUGAGUAAGAAUUUGUUCAAGCCGGUUUUAACAGACAGCGAGUGGAAGGAAGUGACAGAACACACUGAUGUCAGCGUUUUAGGUUUGUCUCUUUCAGACUACUAUGUGCAAACUCCAACAGAGCAGAGGGAAGCUUACACAGAGCUGAUUUCUCACAUCUUUGCUGGGCGUAAGAAUAGUUUCAUUAGUACUGAAAACCUGCUGGCUUCCUGGGGUUUAUGGACACCUCUGCUCAGCACCUUAUCCAGCUCUUUUCCCCGCAUCUACCCUGGCGGUGCAGACAAUGGGGACCUGCUGGACGUCCGUCUGAAAGGGAAGGACAUCAGAUUCAACAGUGAGGUGGUGAUAAUCAGCCCUGAUCAGAUGGGCAGCACGUCAGCAGGUGGUUUCCAAGUGAUGCAGGGCAAAUUUCGCAGCGCCGACAUGGUGUCCGCCUGGGCCGAGGAGCUGGUGGAGCGGCUAGCCGCAGACAUAGAGGAACUGGCAGAGGCGGCGGUGCGCGAGAGCGGUGUUUUCCACCUCGCCCUCUCUGGCGGGUCCUCACCACUCGCCCUGUUCCACAGGUUGGCCCUGCACCACUUCUCCUUCCCCUGGAGGAACACCCACGUGUGGAUGGUGGACGAGCGCUGCGUGCCCCUGACUGAACUGGAGUCCAACUUCUACACACUGCAUAACCACCUCCUGCAGCAUGUGAGGAUACCUUACUACAACAUCCACCCCAUGCCGGUGCAGCUCAACCAUCGUUUAUGUGUGGAGGAGGACGGAGGAGCCCAGCUGUACGAGACAGAGAUCAGCAAGUGGGUCAACGGCUCCAGCUUCCACUUUGUGCUGCUGGGAGUCGGCUAUGACAGCCACACGGCCUCCCUGUUCCCCGGCACUAAGGUGAAAGAAUUCGGGGAGAGUCUGGUGGCCCUCACCGAGAGCCCCGUCAAACCUCACCAGCGUAUGAGCCUCACGUUCAGCGCCAUUAACCGAGCCCAGAGAGUUGCUCUUUUAGUGAUGGGUAAAGGCAAACACGAGCUGAUCACCCAGCUGAGCCGAGUGAAGGAUGACCCAGAGAAGUGGCCUGUCACCGGGGUGAAGCCCACCAACGGCAGACUUGUGUGGUACAUGGACUACGAUGCACUUUUAGGAUAGGGACACUAACUAACACUAACUUUUAAUCAAACGUCUUUGGAGCUGCUUUAAUUCAACAGCUGCGUUUGAGGCAAAGAAUAUAUGAGGACCAUGUUUCACAUGUUUAAGCUUAUUAACUACAAAUCACACACACUGCUGCAUUUUUUUAACGCACGCAAGCAGGUUUCAGAUUGAUUCCCGACCAUCCAACCAGCCAUUUUUUUAAAAUCCAGAGACAUGAACUUAAGAAAUCCAUUAUAACCAUCACUGUGCAGUGUGUUCAUCGAAAACAGUUUUUAAUAAACAGCCCCUUGUUGGUGAAUUCAUGUGCUUGUCGGGAAACAUGAACACUGCACAGACAUUGUGAAGUUUGUGGUUUCUCACAUUAGAAAGAGAUGCUGUUUUCCAGCACAUGAAUUCACCAGAAAGAGAGAGAGUUGCAGAACUUAAGUUUAAGUUAAAAGCUUUGAAAAUGUGUUGGCAGGAAUGUUAAGAUUUUGUCAUUAAUAGUUAAUGGGAUAAAAACAAUGGGUACGGUCCUUUUUAUUGAAAGUUAAAAUCUCAUUUGAAUAUUUUUCUGUAUGUGUGUGUGUAUCUGUGUGUGUGUGAGUGUGAAAUGCAGACUUUUUAUGGUUUAUCUAAGCCUAAUUAAGCGUGAGAUGAGUGAAAAUCGUGUCAUUUUUUGACAUAUAUGUCUGCAGUUUACAAAGUGCCCAGUGUGUAGCACUGUAUGAAUAUCUGAUGUUGUAAACAUCUGGUGCCUAAAGCCAAUUCCAACAAUCACAAAGAUUUGUGCACAUAUCCAGGGGUGGUUGUACGUUUGCAUUCUAUCAGAUCUCAGGUGAAUUCUUAGAUAUGCAGUUUACUGUGGAAUCUACACUUCUUGAUUGUAUGGCUCACAGUGACCCAGUGAGCCAAAAAAAUUAAAGAAAAUGUGACUAGUUCCAAAAAUAAUAUAUUUUAUUUGUAUAAUGAUAAUAAUAGAGACACAGAAAUUGUAAUUAAAAUCAUUCAGGUAAUUGAAAAUAUUUGGUGCUUCACUAAUAAAAAGUACAUUCCCAGCGUACACACAUUCACAUUCCUCUUAGAGACAUCAAUACAUGUGAUGCUCAGGUGCUUUCUCUAGAUUAUAGAGACCAUACAGUAGCUUUAUUUCAAUUUUAGGUUCAAUCAUGUUUCAAAAAGGUCUUGCAUAAAGUCUUAACUUGAACAGGAAACAAAAUAAUCUGUUGUGUUAACAAAGUGAAUUCAAGUGAUGACACUGCAGGAUUCUUUGGUUUUCUCUUCAAGGUUGAUUUAUACACCUGUGCCUGAAGGUAUUCUUUAAGUUAAAGUGGAGUGUUAUUGAAUUACAGCAGUCAUGUUACUAUCAUUUAUUUCUGCCAUGUACUGUAGGUGGGGCACUUUCACGCAUCACAUUGGCACCACAUGACCUCCUCGGCCGCAGGAUCAUGAGUUUAUUUCCAAUGCAUGGUCGUGUUUGUAAGUGUUUGGAUUUUCUUUCCAUAACUUUAUCAUUUUCCAAUUGUUUUACAGUUUGACUUCAUAGGUGUGAAAGUUCUGAAUUGAUUUGUGGUGAACGAUUAUCAUAUGAAGAGUAAUAUUAAUCCAGUGGCAGUGGGAAACUAUCAUAGCUUCAUCAAGGUAAAGAAUUUCCUUUUGAUUUUCUUUCUGUAUUCUGUUGUAACCUCACUUUUCCAAUGAGAUAAAUCACAAUCAGUACUGUAUACAGAUCUCACACCUGUAUUUUUAUAUGCAUAAUGAUGUAUUUAUAUCAUACACUGAAUCUGCUGUGACCAGUUGUUAUAUGAAACAACUAUAACCUGCACAUCGACAAAUAAAAAUCAAACCGUUAUGAUGAUCAAAACAAA